CAUCUGCAGAAUAAGGACCAGAACUUUACAGAGCAGUUCAUCGUGGCCCUGUAGUUCGCCUCCUUCACCAAAGCUCUGUCAGGGACCUACAUGAAGAGUGCCAUCACUCAGAGAGACACUUUGACCUGUCCUGCUCUCUCAUCGGACUCAUAGACGGCAGCUUUGAGAUGGGUUUCAACAAUAACAUUGAGUUGCUUGAGAAUUCAUGUAGUAAAAACCAGAUACAGACUACAGUAUGAUCCAUUUUUUUGUGGUUCAAUCAGAGUCUGCUCUCAAUACUGUCCAGUUUUAUAGUUGUUCCUAUUAAUUGAUUGACUGGCGUUUGUCCAUGACUCUACUGUCAAACCCCUAACAUUGUUGUAUUUGAUUCUAUGUUGUUGCAGCCUAGUAUCCAAACUGAUAUGUCAUUUUUAGUAAAAAAAAUAACAGUGUUUAUAAUUUGCUAUUCCUGACUACUGUAGUGUUGUGGUUUCUUGCAGGUAACCUGCUGUUCCUGGCUGUGGUCAGCCAUUUUGGGGCGAAGCUGCACCGGCCCAGGUUCAUUGCUAAGGGCUGUUUCCUCAUGGCUGUAGGAUCCUCCCUCACAGGCCUGCCACACUUCUUCAUGGGACGGGAGAAAAUCAAGUGAGUUUGACAAACUCCAGAAGGAGAACUCACAGAUGAAGAGCGUCAUCGAAAACCUGAGGAAGCAAAACAUGGCUUUAAACCAACAGGAUGACCAGGACAAGUUUUCAAGUUUUGGCUAUCAGGAGAGCUACCCAAUCGCAGAGGGCCAUCGUGGCUUCAUCAGUGAUGCCAGACUUCUGCAGAUGCAGAGAGCUGAAAGAGAGGCCAUGGAAGCAAAGCAAAGAAAGAUAAGUGCUAUCCAUGAGAAUUAUGUCCGGACUGCUCUCAUCGGGGUUGGCAGCACCUUCGCGCACCACUUCGUCCCCUCUAUUCAGUGCAUUCCGCGGCCGAAAGCUCCACCGAGGCCUUUGCCACGAAGGCUUGAGCACAUAGCUCUGGCCCCACUGAAGAACGUGGUGGGGGUGGACGGAGCCCAAGUUCGACCCGGAUCUCACUCUCUGGAGUCCAUCCAGGUAAAUAAGUCAUUCAGCAGCAGUAGCGUGUGGCCUGUUCCCGUCCCUCCCACUGCAGCUCCCUCCAAGAGGGGAAAGAAGAAGAAGGGCAGGCGGGGAGUCAAAGCCCUGAAAGUCCAGUCGGACCAGGGCUGUGCUGACAACAACGGACCCAUUGACCUGAUGGAGGAGGUGAGGGACAUCGAGGCUCACCUGAAGGAGGAGGACUGGAAGGUGGUACAUGAGGUGAAGGCCAUGGGCAGGAGAAGUUUGGGCUCGGCCAUGUCCACGGGGGAAAUAGCAACCAGCUCUCUGGGAAGCCUGAGCUCAGUGGAUAUGAACACCCCUGCGGAGCUCCGUGACUACUUGGAUGUCGGGACCCCGGUCAAGUCGCUUGACAGCCCACCCAGGCCUGCUCCCCCUCCUACCAAGCCCAGGAGCAAACAGCCUCGGCCUAUAAGGUUCCUUAGCCUGCCAAAGGCUGCCACCGGCUCAGACAAGAUGGCAGCCAGUGAGCCAAAGGGUCAAAUUAAGAACCAGGCCAGAUUGCAGCCUCUGUCCAACCCAGAGCAGGCCCUGACUAAGACCUUCAAGCUGCUCCACUCUGCCUCUGAUGACUGGGAGAAGAAGAUCGAGGGCUUGACCUCUCUCCGUGUGAUGGCUCAGGACCACAUGGACAUACUGAUGCCUAAACUCCAUGAUAUCUGUCUUGCCAUUAUAAAUGAGGUGAAGAACCUGCGCUCUGCAGUGUCCUGUGCUGCCAUGGCCACACUGGGUGACAUGUACGUCCACCUCCAGAGGGCCAUGGACAGUGAGGUGGAGGUGACGGCACGCGUGCUGCUGCACAAAGCCAGCGAGGCCAACGCCUUCAUCCGGCAGGGCGCCAACUCUGCCCUGGGUCACAUGGUGCAGAGCUGCACCCCUACACGUGUCAUGAAUGCCCUGCUGGUCGGUGGGCUGAGCCACCGUAACGCUGCGGUGAGGAGCUGCACUGCUCAGCACCUGGAGAGACUGGCUGAGGUCAUGGGGACGGCUCGUCUCCUGUCGGGGAAGAAAGACCUCACUGACCGUUUCUUGAUUGCCGUCAGUAAACUGGCUGUGGACCCUUCACAGGAAGUCAGGCAUCAUGGUCGCAAUAUCUUGAGCAACAUGGCCACCAAUGGCGACUUUCCUAAAAUGUGGGACAAAUUCGCUCCGAGGAAAGAGAGAGAAUCCUUGAGGGAGGUCAUCUCAAAGGUUAACCUCAAAGAAAGCUCUGCAUGGAACAUCCAGUGUCACAUCCUUGGUGACGUGUGGGGUGACAUCCGGGAUGACCACAGCAACAUCCUCUGGAAAGGGAAAAAAGAGGAUCAGGAUGUAAACAAAUGCAAACCGUAGCUUCUUAACACUGGCCAGUUGAAAGGUUCUGCUAAGAUGUCAUGACAAACGGCACCUGUCAGAGUGCUCUCUAAGUGUUACUCACCUGCUUGGAUGUCAGCUGGCAGAGUGUCGAAGACGGCCAUCGUGAGAGUCCUUUCUUCAGGUGUGACAUGCUCAAUCGAUCCUAUUUAUUUGUACUGAAAUGUGAUCUUUUUUUUUCUCUGCUGCUACUCGUGUUUUACAGAAACACGUUUGAGUGGGUUUUCUACAGUCUGGCGCAUGUUGACACAAUAUGGAGAAUGCAUAUGCUGCAAACCAGCACAACUAUCACGCAUCAACUAUAGACGAGUUUCACUCACUACUGCAGUUUGGAGUUAGGUUGAUGUUAGAGGCUACUGGAGGAAGUUAUGGGGCAUACUUGAACUCUUUAAGGGAACAUGAACCUUUCUACUCCUGCAAAUUAUGACUAAUAACCCUAAUCAAAUUCUACGAGAUGGGUUUUUGAAUGCAGUACUGUAUUUUCAUUGAAAUGGCAGAUUUGUAUGAUUUCACACAAAAAAAAUGUAUGUAAUGCUUCCCACAAAGAAAUUAUUUUACUAUUUUGUUUCAAAUGGUCCCUCUGGCAUGCAUAUUUCUGUAUGAUUUAACACAUGUUUGAAUCCCACUUCCUUGAUAUUUUUAAGUUAAUUUUAGUCCUCCUCCUUGCAUGUUUUGUUCCAUACCUGUGCCUUGGAGAAAACAACUAUAGCCCUCCAAGUCUAAUACGCUAUACACAACAGCAGCCUACAGUGUUAACUUAUUGAGAAUGUAUAUCAUUGUAUUUAACAUUCAAACCUCUUUUGAACUCUUCAGAUCUUAACCGGAUCAAACUGGAAUGUUAAUAUAUUACCCUAAGUCAAACUGGUUUUGGUGUCUUAGACACAAAAGGUUGUUUUCUCCUCAUAGUAAAAACACUGUUUCAUGGUUUGGAUUAAAAACACUGGGUAUUUGUUA